AUCUGAGACGACGAUUUUAAUCUGCGUCAAACGUGGGAAAUCGUCUGAAAAUCAAAACAUGAUUCUACAUUUCAGAAUCGUAUAACAAUUGUAGAAGCCAUGGAGAUGCUAGAAACUUGGGUGAAUGACAAGCUUCAUGACAUUGUCGGUAUAUCAGACAAGCAUAUAACCCAAUACAUGAUAGGAUUGGCAAAAAAAGCGGCCACAACAGAACAGUUCGUGGAGUCCAUCAAAGACACGGGAGUUAUUGACAUCGACACAAGCGUUCUGAAUUUUGCACGAGAACUAUGGGGAAAGGUACCACACAAAGUUCAAGCUGAGAGACUUGGAAGGAAACAAGAGCGAGAGGCACUGGAGUUGCAAAAGAAAAAUGACAGCUACAAAGUUUUAUCUGAUGAUGAGAGUGAAGAAGAAACUUACAUACCCAAAAAGAAGGAAAAGAAAGAUAGAAAGCAGAAACAUUUUAGAAAAAAGCGAGAGUCUUCUGAAGAAAGCAGUGAAGAAGAUAUUCCGAUGAACCUUGACCAGGAUGACCCACUUUCAGACUCGGGUUCAGAUGAGUUUGACAAACAGGAACAAGAGAGACUACAGGAUAUUGAUGAGAGAGACCAAUUUGCGAAACGUCUGCGUGACAAAGACAAGGCCAACACACGUCAUGUCGUGUCUAAAUCCGAGAAAAAG